UGCUUGGAUUACUGCAAUCGCGGGAAACUAGGGACAUCUACUCCUACCAUUGCCGUAUAUCCCCAUGAGAAGCAAUUGGUUUUUUCGUAAGCGAAGGAACGUGUGAUCGAGAGGAACGAAGGGAAAGUUGUGGCCGUGCUGGACAGUCACCGCCAACCAGCUCGUGAGAUUCGACGCGGGAUGCUACGAAACAAGCUUCGCAGCCAGACGAAAAUUUGCUCAAGGCGUCACAUUCCUCGCGGACUGACCUCAGCGGCUUUCGACACUAUCUCACGUUUCGCGUACGCCGGAUACCAUUGGAUCGACUGGAGCCGCUGGAUCGGUGUAUCGUGAUCGAUGGUUAGAUCGUGAACGACUAUGGAUGUCAGUACAAGCGAGCCUUAUCUUUUCCCUCAUUAAAAGAAAUCAAAAACUCGUCGCGCGAGUAACUAAAACGGUAAAUACCGGACUGCAUCCUGUAUCAGGUUGGCGACGAUACUCUCGAAUACUGAUUGUGCUUGUGGAAAAGUGGCAUGUUGUGAAUGAUCCGAAAUUCUACUGAGAUACCGAGACGUUUUGUUCGAGAAGCGAAUAUAUCUUGAAAUUCAAAUUUUUCUCCAAAAGAAAAAUGCCUGCGAUAAAACUCUUCGGCAGAACAUGGCUAGCUGCGAGCGACGACCUUGUUUAUCCGGGUAUCUUUGAAAUUUUCAUUCGAUCCAUUUGGUUAUCCCUAAUUGUAACCGUUUGUGUCAGAUAUUAUGAUCAUACAUGGAGUUGUCAGUCAGGUGGAGAGUUAGUUCGCGUGUAUCUCUUAGGAGAAGUUGCAUUUCUUGUCGUGUCUAUACUUUUCAUGCUCAUCAUUACAAGACUGAGCGCAAAAGGAUCUAUCAUGGAAACGCACGCUCGUAAACACGUUGAACCAAUCUUGACAGUUAAAAUAUUGUUGCUCCUACCUGAAAUAUCAUGGAAUAUUUUAGGAAGUUUAUGGUUAUUUGGAUCGAACGUCAAAUGUUCUUAUGAACAUUAUACGAUCAUGAUAACCCAGGCGUUGGUGUUCUUCGACUGGAUUCUUAUAGGUCUAACCAUUUUCGGCUUGGCAUUGAUUUUUGAUCCAUUAGGCUUAUUAAGUAAGAAACAUUUAGAAAGUUCUGUCGAAUAUGGCAAACUCUCAAGGAACUGGCAACGGAGAUUCAAGUUUCUCUGGUGGAUGAGAAAAGACGAGAACGCUAACGAGACUUUUCAACAAGUUGCUGGUUUGCUAAGCUCUCUGUACCAGGGAACGGAUUUAGUUCCUUCAGAUAUUAUCGCAGGAUGUAUACUGCUAAGAAUUCGGCAAAAGCGAGAAACUCGUGAAUUGCACCGGUUAAAUAUUCUUCCCGUUCCAAAAUAUACUUCCGAUGCAACUGCAAUUUUUAAAAAUGCACCAGGUUGGAUGUCUUUAGAUAACGCCAGUUACUAUAUAAAACUCUCAUUAGCUGCUUAUGGAUGGUUAUACGUUAUGUAUUUACAUAUAUGCACCGGAUGUUUUCAUAUUCUGCCGAAUUUGACUUGUUGCGCUUGUUUUCGAACAAAACGUAUACCAAUUAUUGGCGACAAUUGUUGCUACUGUUAUUUAGCCGGUAUGAAAACUUUAUCAGAUUUAUCGACGGAUGACAUCCUGUAUGCGUCAUUUAAAAACUAUUUAUGCGAGAUACCGUUCUGUGUAAUAGCAGAUCAGAACAAAAAUAACAUUGUCAUUAUUAUACGGGGUAGUCUCUCAUUGCGUGACUUGAUAACUGAUAUUGCCGCAGGUUCUAAUGUUUUUGUAUGCGAAGGUGUUCCAUCAAACAGCCAUGCACACAGUGGCAUGAUAAUAGCUGCUAGGCUGAUAUUGAAGAAAUUAGAUGAUAACAAGGUUUUGGAACGAGCAUUCAAUACAUAUCCUCAUUACGAUUUGGUUAUUACAGGUCACAGUCUAGGUGCUGGUAUAGGUAUUCUGCUAGGAUUUUUAUUACGUCCACGAUAUCCAUCACUGAAAGUCUAUGGAUUUUCCACACCAGCGGGUCUUCUCUCAAGGGAGCUUGCCAGAAUAACGGAAGAAUUCGUUUUCACAGUAGGCAUUGGAGAUGAUUUAGUAAUGAGGUUGAGUGUUGAUAGCGUAGAAAAUCUUCGAACGUCUUUGCUUAUAGCACUUCGUGUUUGCCCAUUACCUAAGUAUAGAGUAGUAUUAAACGGAUUAGGUUACAUUUUAUUCGGCAUACCUGAGAAAGAUCUUGAAAAUACAUGGAAUGCCUAUAAUAUGAUUACCACUGUAUCGGGAGAAACACCUUUACUUAACGACCGAGAUAUAAAUACAGUAGAGGAAAGUAGGAUUUACGAGCGAGAUAUUUCGAAAAGGAGAUAUUCUAAAGUAAAAUUAUACAUGGGUGGUAGAAUACUUCACAUAAUCAAAUGUAAAACCGAACAGUCAAAAAACAGCAAGAGUCAAAAUAAGAAAGAAAAGAAAUUCGAGAUGCGAUGGGCACAACCAGAAGAAUUUACGGAAUUAAUUGUGAUGCCAAGGAUGUUAUUGGAUCAUUUACCAGAAUGUAUAGACAAAACUCUGAUUACUUUGAUAGAACAACAAAAAGACUAGCUACAAUAGUUUAAUCCUUGACAUAAGUAAUAAAAAGUGAAUUGGUUUGUCGUUACGUUAUAUCGUUAGUAAAAUCGUGCAAUUUUCCAAAUAGUACGGAGCGUAGUUUUAAAUUUGAAUAUUUUCUGACUUAAACUGAACAUAUAAUAUAACAUAAUGCAUAACAUAAAACACGUAUAAGACGCAACACCAAAAAAUCGAAUGACAAAUGUAACAACCUACAUUUUAAAAACGUCUACAAAAUGUUCGCAGAAGAAAUGAAAAUUGCGUUCGAUCAGUUAUGUUCAUUUCAUUAUGAUGAUUAUAAUCGUUUAAUAUGGUGAUUAUACAUAUGGUGCAAUGAUGUGAUUUGUGAUCACUUUGUAAUUACUUUUAAUUGUUACUUUUCAUUACUUCAAAUAUCCCAAUCAUGUGAUUUUAAUAGAUAUAUAUAUAUAUAUAUAUAUAUAUAUAUAUAUAUAUAUAUAUUAUAUUUUUUCUACUAUAAUAAUGGUGGUAAAAAUAUAUAAUACAGAGUAUGACUUGUUCUUGGUUGUAGUAUUUUAACAUGCCCACUGUGUUGCACUUAUAACUUGGUUGGUGUAAUUAUUUGCAUUGUACUUACCCAAAUGUAACCAAAAUGAUUACGUUAUAUUUUAUUAUUGAAUACAUUCUUCUGUUCUGUUAUAGAAA